UAAACUGAUUACAAAUUAAAAUUUGUCUAAAAUUCAAUUAAGCUUGACAAAAAUUGGCAAAUACAAAUGUUAGAGUUGUUGUUGUUGUCGCCGUUGCCUUUUGGCCAUUAGACGUUGCCUUGACUGUUGUCGUUGUCGUUGCCGUUGCCAGCCACAAGAGCACAAAGCAUUCAUGCAUAUAUGACUAAGAACAAACCAGGCAUAAGCAAAAGCAACAACAACAACAAGAACAACAAAAACGAGGGGCACACACUCGCAUCGCACACAUUUAAAAUAUAAAAAAGCUGAGAUCCAUUUCGUAGCCAACGAAGCGCAUAAGCAAACAAAUUUUGCGCUAAAUAAUUUGACAAUUACUCACAUCCUCGAGCGCAUUUUUGGGUGGCAAUUCAAGCGAGUGAAAAACUAUGUAAUACUUGGAAUAAAUGUGCGAAAGAGAGAGUUGCAAGCAGUGGAUAAGCAAGUGAGACAGAGAGGGAACACAAGAGUGAGAUGGAGAGUGGUGAAAGAGAGGAAGAGAGCGAGAGCUUGGCCACUCUGGCUCAAUGUGGCUAAGACCCAAGAACAGACCAUUACGCUUGCUAACGAGUACAAGGCAAAUUAAAUCAUUAGAUGCUAGUCGAGAUUAGCCUCACAGUUCCAACAAUGUGAAAAAGGAGGAGUCACUACACUCAAAAAAACAGAAAUGCACUCAAACCCAGCAAGGGGCGUGUGCAACCAAAACAGAGAGAGAGAGAAAGAGAGAGCGCUCUCGCAGUUUCACUCAAAGCAACCACCAGCAACAGACGCCAGAACAGAUUUGUUCACUUUCCAUUUAGUUGACUUGCCACGGGCCACAGUCACAGCAUCUGGACUCGAACGCGAGCGAACGCUGAGCAUCAGCAGCAGCAGUAGCAGCCACCCUCAAACUCAAACUCAGAGAGCUCAACAAAUUUGUCGAGCAUUUCCAUUUCCGUUACAGCCCCGUCUCUGAGCAGAGUGUUGCACGCGCGCGGAUUACGCUCAGCCAGCAGCGGGAUAAGCGAACAGCAGCAGCAGCAACAGCAGCAGCAGCGACAGCAGCAGCCUUAGAGAUAUUCAGAGAUAGCGCGCCGGCAUCAGUGACAGUCGAUUGGCUGCAAUCAAGGUGACAACAACACGUCGCGGAAAAUUUUAUAACGAAGUCAAGUCAAUUAUAGAGAAAUAAAAAACAGAGCAGAUUACAGAACUGAUUACAAGUGAAGUGAACUAAGCGAAAUAAAGAACUACAGUGCGUGAUAAAAGUGAAAAGUGCUUCGAACUUGCGACAUGGUGAUGUUGCAAUCGCCAGUGCAAAAGCCCAGCGACACAAUUGGGGCACAGCCCACGGCCGUCGGCGGCCUCAUGAGUCCCAACUCCAAUCCCGAUUCGCCCAAGUCCAACACAUCGCCCGAGUUGGCGAAUGCUGCUGGCAAUCAGCUCGGUUCAGCUGCUGUCGAUGUCAGCGUCUCGAGCAGCGCCUCCUCCGCGGUGGCCACCAGCAUUAGCAUUAGCACCGCAGCAGCCAAGAUACCCAAGUUCAUUAUCAGUGCCAGCGGUUCAGCUGCCAAGCAGGAGCAGGAGCUGCGCUACUCCAUCGAGCGGCUGAAGCAAAUGACCAGCGAAUCGGGGCUGCUGAGUCGCUUGAGUCCCACCCAAGAAGACAGCGAUAAGGAGAAACUCAUCAACAACAAUAAUAACAACAAUAACUUGACCAACAAUAAUAAUGCUCGCCGUUCGCAAUCGCCGCCAACUGGCGUCGGCAGCUUCACGUUGCCCGCGCAACAGCGCAAGUUGCUUGAGCUGAAUGCCGUGCGUCAUUUGGCGCGUCCCGAGCCAUUGCAGCAUCCACAUGCGGCACUGCUGCAGCAGCAUCCACACUUGCUGCAGAAUCCGCAGUUCUUGGCUGCUGCCGCGCAGCAUCAUCAUCAACAGCAGCAGCAGCAACAACAGCAGCAGCAGCAACACAUGCAUCAUCAUCAUCACCAUCAUCCUGCGCAUCCGCUGCCACAUCAUCCAGCUGCUUCAGUCUAUCAUCUGCGCGCUCCCAAUGCAACAGCUCCACCAUCGCCCGCCACCUCGCCACUGUCGCCACCAACAUCGCCGCACACUGGCGUCCAACAGACGACACAUUCCGAGCCGCAGACUACAGCAACAGCAACCACUUUGGCUGCUCAUUCCGCGCUUCCAGCAGCACAGUCAACGCUGCCACCACCGCCACAACCUGGCAGCAACGACAUGGAUCUGGAACGCAUUAAGCUGGUCGCUGCGGUUGCUGCGCGCUCCAAUCAGCAACAUCAAGUGCCCAGCACAUCAACAGUCGCUGCUUCCACCUCUGCCUCCAACUCAACAGCGGCCACAGCGGCCUCGACCAGCUCCGCCUCCGCGUCUGCCUCGCCCACUGGCCGCGACUUAAGCGAUUAUGGCUUCAGAAUACAACUGGGCGGCCUGGCAGCGGCGGCUGCAGCAGCGGCAGCCACAUCGCGGCAAAUUGCGGCCGCUAAUUAUGCGCGUAGCGACACCAGCGAGGAGCUCAAUGUCGAUGGCAAUGAUGAGGAUAGCAACGAUGGCUCUGGUUCGCACAGCACGCCGUCGGUCUGUCCCGUGGAUCUGACGCGUUCUGUGCCCAGCAGUGCGAGCAAUGCGAACUCCGCCUCGACCUCGACGGGCAGCGACAGGGAGGCGGCAACGAAGCGUCUGGCCUUCUCCGUGGAGAACAUAUUGGAUCCAAAUAAGUUUACGGGCAACAAGCUACCAGCUGCAACAUCGCCACCCUUUGGCCAUCCGCGGCAAUGGAGCUAUGAGCGCGAUGAUGAAAUGCACGAGCAUCUAGAUGAUGAGCACAGCGAGGAUAUGUCUGCUCAGGAUCUCAAUGACAUGGAUCAGGAUGAUAUGUGCGACGAUGGCAGCGACAUUGACGAUCCCAGUAGCGAAACGGACUCAAAAAAAGGCGGUAGUCGCAAUGGCGAUGGCAAGUCCGGAGGCGGAGGCAGCGGCGGUUCAAAGCCACGACGUGCUCGCACAGCUUUUACCUAUGAGCAGCUGGUGUCGCUGGAGAACAAGUUCAAGACGACGCGCUAUCUAAGUGUCUGCGAACGCUUAAACUUGGCUUUGAGUCUGAGUUUGACCGAGACACAGGUCAAGAUCUGGUUCCAGAAUCGACGCACCAAGUGGAAAAAGCAGAAUCCCGGCAUGGAUGUGAAUAGUCCGACGUUGCCGCCGCCCGCCGGUGGCUCCUUUGGACCCGGCGCCUAUGCAAGCAGUCUCCUCUAUCCCCAUGCUGUACCCUAUCCGCCCUAUGGACCCUAUUUCCAUCCGCUGGGGGCGCAUCACUUGAGCCACUCGCACUCAUAAAAUUGCAAGAUGCAACAGCGUUUGUUGCAACUCUUCGAGAAGCGUGCCAAGGGGGCAACAGCAGAGGCGCCUUGAGCACGCAUUGUAAAUGUCCAAUUGCUUUAAAUGUUGUCGUCGCACCUGUAAAUAGUUCUUGUAUAAAUUCAUAUUAAAUAAUUAAACUAAAUAUUGUAGUGCUUAACCAAAGAUGUUGCUAAGUCACAUUAACUUGAUAAUAUUAAUUAUUUUUAGCACCUAAGUGACAUGCAGAAUCAAAAGAAAACCAAAUCGAAACCAAAUAUGC